AUGUCCUCCCUCCUCCGCACCUACACCCGCAGCUUCGAACGACGGCCCUACAUCACCCUCUGCGUCGCCAACGGAAUCCUCAUGUCUGUGGGGGACAUAAGCGCGCAGAUGCUCGGCCUCGGCCAAGGGUUGCAGCCGAUGUAUGAUCUGACGAGGACGUUGAGGUUUGCGGUGUUUGGCGCUUCGAUGGGACCGCUCGGCGGGGCGUGGAACAAAUUCCUCGAAGUCAACUUCCCCCUCCGCCCCCUCCCCUCCGCCUCGCCCAUGCAAAAAGUCAAAGUCGACUCUCCGAUUCCAGGAUUAGAGAAACACUUUCCCAAGGGCUCGAAACUCGAGCGCGGCACAGGGUUGGAAGAGAAGGUGCCGCCUGUACCGACGGGUACGGUGCCGAGUAUGUCGGAGAAGGAACCGCCGGUUAGUGUGGUGCAGCUGGCGAAGAGGGUCGCGGCGGACCAGCUGGGCAUGGCCCCGAUCUCGCUGUUCAUCUUCCUCUUCUCGAUGUCGCUCCUCGAAGGCCUCGACUCGGAAGAGACAAAGGAGAAGAUCAAGCAGAACUACCUCCCCAUCUUGCUCGUCAACUGGCAGAUCUGGCCUAUUGCGGUUGCUAUCAACUUCCGCUACGUGCCCUUGAGGUACCGCGUCCCGUUCGGCUCGAUCCUGGGUAUCUUGUGGACGUGCUUCCUCAGUUUCCGGACGCAGACGGAGAAGUAG